UCCUCCUCCUCCUCCUCCUCCUCCUCCUCCUCCUGCAGCCCCUUGGCCGGCUGGCUCCUGCUUUGCUGCGUCGCCUGUCUUGCUGCCGCUGCCUUGCGCCGUCUGUCUCCCUCACCAAUAACCCUCGUCUUUGAUCCCAGCGAUCUCGUCUCCUCCGGUCCAGAUCAUGGAUCCGCCCAAUCCCCAGCACCCCAGGCCUGUCCAGGCGGCUACCACCUUUAACCUGCCCGAUGCCGGCCCUUCCAGCGGUCCCGGUCUCGCUGUUCCCUCUGGUGGUCCUGGUCUCACUGCUCCAAGCAGGCGCAUGACCACCGGUAUUCGUAGAACCACCGACGGUGGUCUCGUUGGCCGCCAAAAGACUCUCAUCAAGCCCGAGCGCGCUGUCGAGCCUCGUCCGCUGCUCAAUACCCAGCAGGUCAAGGUCGCUCCGCACCACAAGGGCACCAGCCUCGACUCCAGCCGUUCGCCCUGGAAGAGCCCGUGGAUCUUGUUCUCCUGGCUAGUGACCUGCUGCUGCCCCGGUCCGAUCCUGCGCGCAUGCGGCAAGUCGACCCCGGGCGUCCAGCAGGCUUGGCGUGAAAAAGUGGCCCUCUGUGUCAUCAUUUUCUUGAUGUCGUCGGUCGUGAUCUUUUUUAUUGUCUUCUUCAACUCGGUCCUUUGUCCGCCGGCCCUGCAGACCCCGCACAUCUCGGUCAAUACCGCUGGAUCGGUCGUCGUCGGCGGCCUGCUCUACAAUACCCGCAACUCCACCGUCGAUCCUGUCGCCCGUACGCGCUGGGCGCUGCUUGACCAGGUGUACCCUGGAUACGACGUCAGCACCAUGUUCUUCCAGCGCUCCGAGAACCUGGUCAAUUGCGCUGGCCUGACCGAGAAGUUUGCCCAGCUCCAGUAUCCCUGCGAGCAGGACAACAGCUGUCUCCAGUCCGCCACCGAGGCUGACAUGGAGAGCAACGGCUUGGUGCUCUACCAGCGCUUCAACUGCACCGCCAGCACCUCCAACUCCAAAUCAACCUGCAAUGAUCAGACCUCUCGCGUGAUUCCCUCGCCUGCCUAUGAGUGGACCGACAUCGGCAACCGCGGCUUCUUUGCCAUCGACGGCAUCGUUGUCAACCUCAAGCCCUUCUUUGACCAAUACCCCAACGAAGCGGCGGUCGAUGCCAGUGAGGCCCCUCUCUACCGCCUACUCUACCAGCAGUACACGCUCAAGAGCGACGCCACCCACAUCUUUUGGAAGCUGCCUCAGUACAAGGCCCAGGUCAAGUGCCUGAUCUCCAAGUAUGCCGCCGGUGUCGUCGAAACCCAGCCUUACUCCUGCAGCAUUGCCCAAUACGUCACCCUGGUCACCAGUGCCGUCAUUCUGUGUAUCCUCGCUACCCGCUUCAGUCUCGCCGUCAUCUUUGCCUGGUUCCGCGCCGACCGCGUCUCCCGCAAGCCCAAGGACUCGGAUCUCGUUGAUCGCUACAAGGGCCGCCAGAUGCCGGCCUCGUAUGCCCAGCGUCUGCGCGACGUCGACAUUGAGCUGCAUCCUCUCACCGACAACCGAGCUUCGAUGGACGGCCGCUCCGGGUCCCGCAACUCCGAGUACUCCAGUAUCGACCUUGGUCGCGGCUUUGAUAAGCGCUACAGCGCGCAGUCCGGCCAACGCCUCGCCCAGCAACAGCAGCAGGAAGACCCGGACUUGUACACCAUCGUUCUGGUUACCUGCUACUCCGAAGACGAGAAGGCGCUCCGCGGCACCCUCGAGUCCAUCUGCUCCACCCACUACCAUGACCAGCGCAAGUUGCUCUUUGUCGUUGCUGACGGCAACAUCAAGGGCGCCGACUCCACCGAUACAACUCCCAACCUGCUCCUGGGUAUGAUGCGCAAGUCUGAGCUCAAGACCGACCCUGUCGAGGCCAAGUCCUACAUUGCCAUUUCCUCCGGUGCCAAGGAGCACAACAUGGCCGAGGUCCACGCCGGCUUCUUUGAUCACAAGGGCCGUGGCUGCCCCAUGCUGCUGAUCAUCAAGUGCGGUACCCCCGAGGAGCGUAGCAGGCCGCGUGCUGGCAACCGUGGCAAGCGUGACUCCCAGAUGAUCCUGAUGAAGUUCUUCAAGCACCUGACGUUGGACGAGCCCAUGCCCCCUCUGCACCAUGAGAUCUACAACCGCAUCCACGAGCUGAUGGAGGUUACCGCCGAUGUCUUUGACCUGGUCCUCAUGGUUGACGCCGACACGCGUGUCCAUACCGAGUCCCUGCAGAAGAUGAUGUACGCCAUGAUGAACGACAAGAUGAUCAUGGGUCUCUGCGGCGAGACCCGCAUCGUCAACAAGACCACCAGCUGGGUCACGCGCAUCCAAGUCUUUGAGUACUACAUCUCGCACCACUUUGGCAAGGCCUUCGAGGCCAUGUUUGGUGGCGUCACCUGUCUCCCCGGUUGCUUCUGCAUGUACCGCAUCAAGACCACGAACCUGAAAGGCGAUGCUGUUCCGAUCCUCUGCCAUCCCGAUAUUGUGGAAUACUACUCUGUCGGCAGUGUCGAAACCCUGCACGAGAAGAACUUGCUUCUGCUCGGUGAGGAUCGUUUCCUGACGACCCUAAUGAUGCGCCGCUUCCCGAAGCGCAAGAUGAUCUUUGUUCCCCAGGCCAUCUGCAAGACCACCGUUCCCGAGGAUUUCAAAACCCUGCUCUCCCAGCGACGCCGAUGGAUCAACUCGACAAUCCACAACCUGAUGGAGCUUGUCAAGGUCCCGCUCUGCGGAACUUUCUGUUUCAGUAUGCAGUUCAUCAUCUUUAUGGAUCUGCUCAGCACAGCCAUCUUGCCUGCCAGUUUGUGCCUCACCUACUACCUGAUUGUCAUGGCCGUCCUCAAGGGCAACAUUGCCGAUCCCAACACCAUCACCCUGAUCACGGUCAUGUUCCUGCCGGCCGUUCUGGUCAUCCUGAUCAGCCGCAAGUUUUCGUACAUUGGCUGGAUGGGCAUCUACCUGCUGGCGCUCCCUGUCUGGCAGCUGAUCCUGCCCCUGUACGCCUUCUGGAACUUUGACGACUUUUCCUGGGGCGAGACCCGCAAGAUCGAAGGCGGCGAGGGCGACCAUGCGGCCAAGGAGGGCCACUUUGACCCCCGCCAAAUCGAGCACCGGCAUUUGGCUGAGUGGAUCGCCGGCGACCGCCAAAAGAUUGACAACUAUCGCCGGUCUCAGAUUAUGUUCUACCAACAGUCCGGCGGCUCCUCGUCGACUCUGGCCGGCGGUCAGGCCCCCGGCAGCACCUCGUCAGGCUGGGGCCCAAGUCCUCAGUUGCAAGGUGUCCCUGUCAGUGCUUCGAACACUGCGCCCACAUCCAAGUACGCCCCUGUGAGCGACAACCGGCUUCUGUCCAUGGACACGAUCACCGCCCAGCGAAGUAGCCACAGUGGGUAAGCGACAAGCCGUCGCCACAAGCUGCGUUCCCUGCGGAGGACACGCUACAUUCGAUAUGCACUGCACUGCACUGCGUCCCUGUCCAGUGCGUGUCUGUGUGUCAAUUUCCUGUGAUCCAAAAAACAUGUGUCUCGCGCUGUACGGGGCUGUUGUACUUGUUCUUCACCUCGCUGUUGUUCAAUCGGUCCCUCUCCUCGAGAGACAGCUUGCCCUUGGAUUGCCUGCAUUCCGUUCAUCCAUUCAUCCAACUGCUCUUGCGUUCUUUUGCCGCUCAGUUGCGUGCUCGCCUGCCAUUCUUCCUGUAUGAUGUUCCUACUGGGUGAUUUCCCUUCCACCGCCCAAUACAGCUCUUGCAAAACACGAGCCGAC